UUUUAUCCAUUCAAUUCAAUACAUAUUUUCAUAACUUUUGGAAAUUGAAAAAUCUCAAGGUUAAAAAGAAAAGAAAAGCCACUAGUCAUCCAUCAUCUUCCAUGGAAACCAAGGCUAAUGAAGAUAGUAGCAAACGUUUGUAUGAAGAUUUUGAACCUUAUUGUAAAUGGCUAACAAAUGAAGGACAAAAGAUCCUUGAGGUUGAUUUGAAAGGUUUCAAAAAAGAGCAACUUAAGGUUCAAACCAACAAUAAAGGGGUUCUAAAAAUUUAUGGAGAAAAACCUCAAAGUGCAUCUAGUAAGAAAUGGAGUCGUUUCCAUAAAGAAAUUAGGGUUUCAAAAGAUUGUGAUGUGAGUGGGAUUCAAGCAAAAUUUUCUCAAGGAAUUCUUUCUAUUGUGUUGCCAAAAAGUGAAGCAACUCAACAUGCCAAAGAUGUUGCAACCAUAGAGAAACAUUCAUUAUGGGGGGUGCAAAAGAGGAAAAGAAUAACCAUUCAAAUUGUGCUUGGAAUAGUGGCAGUGGUUGCACUAGGAACUUAUGUGGCAAGAAUGUUAGAAAAUAAACAGCAUUAUGAUGCAUUUGAGAAGGUUAAUGAUGUGAAUAUUUAAUUUGAACAUGAUGCAAUAAGUCAAAUAAGAUCAUGCAAAAUUUGAAAAUAAGCUAUAUAUAUUUGCUUUAUUUA